UGAGGCCCAUCAGCAGUUGCGCCGAGUGGAGCGAUGCGCGUUUACUGAGCCGGAGAAGAGGAGAGGAGGACCGCUUCCUUUUCACCGCACUCUACUAUUACAAUCACUGCCUAACAACGAGCAUCAACACCUCUUCUUUAAAUGAUACGAAUGGAAUUCUGCUUUGGAAUUUUCUCUUAAUUUUUAUAUAUGUAUUUUUUUCUUUCAUUUUUUUUAACACUCGGACUUCAUUAAUCCGGAGUCAAAAACGGUCUGUCCAAGGUGUUUUUUUCUAAGCUGAAGACCGAAUCAUGGGGCAUGAAACUUGGUCAGCACUGAUUGCUACAUGCUUCAAUCCAGGAAGCCGUCUCAAAGACCUAAACUUAAAUCACCAGAUGCGGUUCUGAAUCAUUGACAGAGCACUCAAAGGAUCGCCUACAUUGUUACUCUUUCACCUUUUUGCUCUGUUUAGAAAGAGGAUAUUUUUUUAACAUAUCAUAGACUUGGAGGACGAUAAUAGAAUCCAUCUAUUGUCAUAUCUGUUCAACAAAGUAAAAACAUAUAUUUUGCUGUCUUCAUAGACAAUCUAUAUGGGAUAUAACAUUCAGUGGGUAAACACUGGAGCUGAAUUGUAAACAGAUGGUUUUACAACCUUGAGGAUAUAUCCUACAUUCCAGCCUUCUUGUGUACACCCUGUCAUUUACAAUGAUGAAUCCUAACGGCCUACUUGGACGUUUUCUUAUGCUGCUAAGUUCCUUUUUGAGCCUAAGUUUAGGCUUAGAGUUUACUGGUUCUGAAGACCAGUGGGCUCGUUACGUCCGCUGGGACGCAAGCUCUAGAAGUGACCUGACAUUUCAGUUCAAGACGUCGCAAUCUGAAGGCCUGCUGCUCUACUUCGAUGAUGGUGGAUACUGCGACUUCCUGCUGCUUGCCUUGUCUGAGGGAAAGCUACAGCUCCAUGUCAGCAUUGACUGCGCUGAGACCACCAUCACCUCUGACAAGCUGGUCAAUGACAGCCGCUGGCACUUUGCUGCCAUCAACAGGGAGAACUUGUGGACCAGCUUAGCUGUGGACGGUCACACUAAGGCCGGAGAGGUGCGGCCCCAGCGGCAGUUCAUGAAGAUUAUCAGUGACCUCUUUUUGGGUGGGCUUCCAAGGGAUAUCCGGACUUCUGCCAUCACCUUGCCCUCUGUCCGUGACCUUCCACCGUUCCAAGGAAUUAUCACCAACCUCAGUUAUGGGAGUAAGAUGCCCACUUUGGUCAACAGCCAGAAAGUCCGGCUGGAGAUGAUGGGCCUUUGCACAGAAAACCCUUGUGAGAAUGGUGGGAUCUGCUCACUGGCAGAUGGAGAAGUCUACUGUGACUGCGCCAAAACUGGAUAUGUGGGUCGAUACUGCACAGAAGCACGAGAGGAGAACGUGGCUACCUUCCGUGGCUCCGAGUACUUCUGCUACGACCUGUCACAGAACCCCAUCCAGAGCAGCAGCGAUGAGAUCACGCUGUCUUUCAAGACAUGGCAGCGAAAUGGCCUCCUCCUCCACACGGGGAAAUCCGCUGACUACGUCAAUCUGGCCCUGAAAGAUGGGGCGGUUUCGCUUGUCAUCAACCUCGGUUCUGGGGCCUUCGAGGCCAUCGUAGAGCCAGUCAAUGGAAAAUUCAAUGACAACUCCUGGCACGACAUCAAAGUGACACGCAACCUGAGACAGCAAUCAGGCAUUGGACACGCUAUGGUAAACAAACUACAUUGUCUGGUGACAAUUUCGGUGGACGGCAUCCUCACUACCACAGGCUACACUCAGGAGGACUACACCAUGCUGGGCUCCGACGACUUCUUCUAUGUGGGUGGGAGCCCCAGCACAGCCGACCUGCCAGGAUCGCCAGUCAGCAACAAUUUCAUGGGCUGCCUUAAAGAAGUAGUGUACAAGAACAACGAUAUCCGUCUGGAGCUCUCCCGCCUGGCCCGCAUUGUUGACCCUAAGAUGAAACUCCAGGGCGAUGUGGUUUUCAAGUGUGAAAAUGUUCCCACACUAGACCCCAUCAAUUUCGAGACCCCUGACUCCUUUCUCGCCCUGCCGAAGUGGAACACCAAACGCGUCGGCUCCAUCUCCUUUGACUUCCGCACUUCAGAGCCCAAUGGAUUAAUACUCUUCACCCAUGGCAAACCUCAGAACCGACGUGAUGUGAAGGGGCAGAAGAACAACAAGGUGGACUUCUUUGCGGUGGAGCUGCUGGAUGGAGGGCUGUACCUGCUUCUGGACAUGGGCUCUGGAACAAUCAAAGUUAAGGCCACCCAGGCUAAAGUCAAUGAUGGGGUGUGGCACCACGUAGACAUCCAAAGGGAUGGUCGCUCUGGCAUCAUCUCUGUAAACAGCCGCAGGUCUCCUUUUACAGCCAGUGGUGAAAACGAGAUCUUGGACUUGGAAGGGGAUCUUUAUUUGGGAGGUCUGCCCGACAGCCGGGUGGGUUUGGUGCUUCCAACAGAGCUCUGGACCGCUAUGCUGGACUAUGGUUAUGUAGGCUGCAUCCGGGACCUGUUCAUUGAUGGACGGAGCAAGGACAUCCGGCAGAUAGCUCAGUCACAGAACGCAACGGGCAUCAAGUCAUCGUGCAGCAAGAUGACAGGGAAGCAGUGCGACAGCAGCCCCUGCAAGAACAGUGGGGUGUGUAAGGAGGGAUGGAACCGGUUCAUCUGUGACUGCACUGGAACAGGCUUCUGGGACAGUACCUGUGAGAGAGAGGCUUCUAUUUUAUCAUAUGAUGGCAGCAUGUAUAUGAAGGUGGUGAUCCCUAACAUCAUGCACACUGAGGCAGAGGAUCUCUCCCUCCGUUUUAUGUCUCAGCGGGCCUUCGGCCUGCUCAUGGCCGCCACGUCUCGUGAGUCAGCAGACACUCUGCGGCUCGAGCUGGACAGCGGAAGGGUCAAACUGACGGUCAAUCUAGACUGUGUCAGGAUAAACUGUAACACCAGCAAGGGACCUGAGGUUCUUUAUGCCGGACAAAAGCUCAACGACAAUGAGUGGCACUCAGUGCGAGUGAUCCGCCGCGGUAAAAACUUCAAACUCAUCGUGGAUGACGAUAUGGCUGAAGGUCAGAUGGUAGGUGACCACACCCGCCUGGAGUUCAGCAACGUGGAAACAGGCAUCUUGACAGAAAAACGCUUUGUUUCUUCAGCACCCUCCCCUUUUAUCGGCCACCUACAGAGCCUCAAGUUUAAUGGAAUGCAGUACAUUGACAUGUGCAAAAAUGGUGACAUAGAUUUCUGUGAGCUCAACGCACGCUUUGGCAUGCGCUUCAUCGUCGCUGACCCCGUCACCUUUAAGACCAAAGGGAGCUACCUGGGCCUGGCCACCCUGCAGGCUUACACCACCAUGCACCUGUUCUUCCAGUUCAAAACCACCUCACCUGAUGGCUUCAUUCUCUUUAACAGCGGAGACGGGAAUGACUUCAUAGCUGUGGAACUGGUCAAAGGGUUCAUUCACUACGUCUUCGACUUGGGCAACGGGCCCAGCCUGUUGAAGGGAAACAGUGACAACCCGCUGAAUGACAACCAGUGGCACAAUGUGGUCAUCACGCGAGACGCUUCCAACACACACACUCUUAAAGUCGACUCCAAGUCGGUCACCCAAAAUGUCAACGGGGCCAAAAACCUCGACCUUAAAGGUGACCUGUUUGUUGGAGGUUUGGGACCCAACAUGUACCAGAAUCUCCCUAAGCUUGUGGUGUCCCGGGAGGGCUUCCAGGGCUGCUUGGCAUCAGUAGAUCUCAACGGGCGCCUGCCAGACCUCAUCAAUGAUGCGCUUUUCCGCAGUGGACACAUAGAGCGUGGCUGUGAAGUUGGUUUCACCAAAGCCGACCUGCAAGGCCCAAGCACCACCUGCCAGGAUGACUCGUGCGCUAACAUGGGAGUUUGCAUACAGCAGUGGGAGAAUUUCACCUGCGACUGCUCCAUGACAUCAUACACAGGCACCCACUGCAACGACCCUGGCACCACCUACAUCUUUGGCAAAGGAGGAGGCCUGAUCACUUACACAUGGCCCAAUAACGAGAGGCCAAGCACACGGACGGACCGGCUGGCUGUGGGCUUUAGCACCACCAUAAAGGAUGCAAUCCUUGUUCGCAUUGACAGCGCCCCACGCCUGGGUGACUACAUCAUGCUCCACAUCGAGCAAGGCAAAAUCGGAGUGACGUUCAACAUUGGGACGGUGGACAUAAGCGUUAAGGAGCCAAACACAGAGGUAAACGAUGGCAAGUACCAUUUGGUCCGAUUCACAAGGAAUGGGGGCAAUGCGACCUUGCAAGUGGACAACUGGCCGGUCAACGAGCACUUUCCCUCAGGCAACAGCGACAUUGAGCGCUAUCAAAUGGCAAAUAAGAAAAUCCCGUUCAAAUAUACCCGGCCAGUAGAGGAUUGGCUUCAGGAGAAAGGUCGCCAGCUCACGAUCUUCAACACGCAGGCCACUAUAUCUAUCGGGGGAAAUGACCGGAAGCGACCCUACCAAGGCCAGCUCUCAGGCCUCUAUUACAACGGGCUCAAGGUUCUCAACAUGGCCGCCGAAGGCCACCCUAAUAUUAAAGUCAACGGCAGCGUGCGGCUUGUUGGAGACGUGCCCACCAGCCGUGGUGCGGCCCGCACCACCACUUCGAUGCCACCAGAGAUGUCAACCACCUUUAUUGAGACCACCACCACACUGUCCACCACAACCACCCGCAAACAGCGCUCGCCACCAUCUACUCAGACAACAGAUGACAUCGUUUCCUCAGCAGAAUGCUCAAGCGAUGAUGAGGACCUGGAGGAGUGCGACUCGGGACAUGCAGGAGGGGAGCUAGUUGUCCCUGUGCUAGUCGAGGACCCCAUAGACAUUCCUUCUGUAUCCACCCGUUCACCCUUCAUCCCCCUUCCCCCUACCCUCCGCCCCGUCCUCACCAUUAUCGACACCACCAAAGAGUCCUUGGCCAUGGCCACUGAGGCGGGGGUACCUUGCUUUUCGGAUCGAGGCAGCGAUGAUUGUGAUGGUGGUGAUGAUGGUGAUGAUGAUGAUGAUGGUGAUGAUGAUGGCAUGGUGAUUUCGGGGUUUGGCUCUGGCGAAGCUUUCGACUCUAGCCUGCCCCCGACUGACGAUGAAGAUUUUUACACCACCUUCUCCCUGGUAACAGAUAAGAUCUUGACCACAUCGGCUUAUGAAGGCGGCUACAAAGCUCUCGUGCCCAAGUGGGAACCCAAGGACUUGAGGCCUAGCAAAGCCUCAGAGGCAGGUAGGACUACACCAACAUUGCCUCUGCCUGACAAUCGGGGCACACCGCCGGCGGCGGUCCCCUCGGAUAUACCACCCAAGCUGCCGGCGGGGAAAAUGGACAACCGUGAGGUAAAACCUCCACAGCCAGACAUGCCUGUCCUGCUGCCCCUACCAACAUCCUUUGAUGUGGAUGGCACUAAGCCCAGGGGCCCUUUCAUUACGUCACCCAUGCUGCGCACAGUACCCGCCGCCUUGCCCACGGUGCCCGGCGUGGUGAGGCGUGUUCCACCCGGAGUGUCGGAAGUGAUCCGUGAGUCCAGCAGUACUACAGGCAUGGUGGUAGGCAUUGUCUCAGCAGCCGCCCUUUGCAUCCUCAUUCUCCUCUACGCCAUGUAUAAGUACAGAAACAGGGACGAGGGUUCCUACCAGGUGGACGAAACGCGCAACUACAUCAGCAACUCUGCGCAAACCAAUGGCGCUGUAGUGAAGGAUAAAAUACCCAGCGGCAGCGCCAAAGGCAGCGCCAGUAGCAAGAGACCGAAAGACAAGGAUAAGGAAUAUUAUGUAUAGAAAUCAAAUCAUUUCACAACACACGAAUAAACUGUUUGGAACAAAAGUAAAAAAACAUUUUGACAGUACCAUAUUGGCAACUGUAAUUUAAAUAGAACGAAUUUUCUUGAGAACUCUAGACUCUCCGAGUCGCUUACAGAUGAACUUCAGCUCACGGAAGCACACUUACUAUUGUAAGCAUUAAAAAGAGACAAUGCAGUACAACUUCAUCGGGACAAUUUGAAAAGUCCUCGCUGGAGACUUUCGGCAGUGUGAAUUUUCACUCAGACACCCCACACCACCCCAAGUGACUGUGAAGAGGUGUGUAAUCCUUGGAGUUCUACUGAUCCUGUCCAUUGUAACGCUGUAAAAUACGAUCACUGUCAUUUUGGCCAUUCUGAGCAUGCAUGUGAGGUGUAUGUGAUGUGGUGCUGGCAUCUAUGUAAGUGAGAGACCUUAAGAAAUCAUGAUUGUUGGGGAAAGUUGGAAGUCAAAACACAAUUUUUUUUUUCUUGCUAUUCAAACGGUUCUUUAAAUGUAGCCGUCAUGAAUGCGACAUGAGAUAAAGUACGCAUAUGUUUAAAAGCGUCUUUUUAUUUCUGGUUUGUUUGUUUUUCUUUCUCCCUUUAUUUAUUUAUUUAUUAAAAUGAAUAGUUUUCUGUUUGUUGUCAAAGAAUAUCAAGGCCUAUCGGGGGUUGAAAAGAGUUCAGUUGCUGCAGCAGCAGAAUGAAGCUUCAUGUAUCUCUGUAUUUUUCGCUCCUUUUGCAUCCAAGUUCCAGAUCUUGUUCAAGCUUGUAAGCUUUCAGAAAAGUUCAUAGUUAUUUCUCUAAAUUGGACUCUUAGUAAUAAAAUCUCUGAUGUGUUUUGUAGGAAUGGACCGAUAUGAAAUAUGGAUCGAUAACCCAUUGUUUUACUGCUGUUCUGGCCAAUAUUUACAGAUAUCAAUAUUUUAUUCAAUUCUACUACUGACUACUACUACCCGCACCGCAUCACUACCACUGUAACAUGUCCCCAAAAAACAUAUCAUUGGUUUAAUAAUAUUGGCCCAGUUUCACUUGGGACUUUUAAAAACAAGCCGUUGUUGAUGCCCAUAUAUCACACAUUUUUAGUUUUCUUUAUUUGACGUUUCAACUGACAUGCUGUGUUCAGGUAAAUCAUGCUGUGUGUCUAAAAAUAGUGUAAUUGACACGUUUAAAGAAGAAAAAAAUGGUUCGGUGAAAACGUACAAUGUGACCAAGUUGGCUUCUUUUUUUUUCUUCAGUUCUCACUCAAAGCUGUGUCAAAACAAAAAUGUUUACAUAGUUUAUUACAGCUCACCAGUGUGCUUGGUGACCUACUGUACAGAAGAAAAAAAAUCUGGUUUCUGUGUUUUAUUUAUUUUUUUAUCUUUAAUUUUUUUAGAUCCUCAUCAUAUCCAGGCAGUUAUGCAUUGGAUUAGCUUUUACUUUUUUCUGCUGUAGCAACAUGUUUGUCCUGGAGUGAAUAAUGGAUGUCCACAGCAACAAGUCCAGAGAGACAGGAGGUCCAGUCUCUCAGGAUGGCAUUUAUCUUCAGUCGCAUGAAACCAUCUGGCACUGUCUACACUUCCCUCAGAUAUUCUGUGAGGGUCUUUAUCUAAAAUUAUGUUUUCAUCAUGUUAUUUAUUUUUUUAUUGGAAAUCUUUAAAAAAAAAUCUAAAGGUAUAAGAUAAUAAAGACUGAUCAUGGUGGAUUUGGAGAUCUUUGCUGGCACCUUACUGAUUUACAGCUCCUGUUUCUUUGCUUUUAAUUUCGUUUUUACUGUGACGUUACUGUCUUGUCUGCUCAACAUGUCAAUUAGCCUCUUUUUUUUCAUAUGUAUUGUUAAUUUCACGUCUCAUUUAUAUGACAUUAUGUUCCGGGAAUUCAAUGGGUUUCUUUUCUUUUUUAUGUCCUUAUUUAUUGCAGAAAUUAGUUGUUUUCAUUCAUUUACAUGCAAAUCAGUCACUCAGUGUGUUUUUUUUUCCUUUUCUCAUCUUUUAGUUGUGUGUGUGUGUGUUGGUUCCUGGCUUUUUAAACCAGUUAAUUAUUGUCUUCUGCUCCCUUGACUUCAAACAAUUCCCAGAAAUAAAAAGAAAAUGUUCCCAAAUGUUUUGGAUGUUCAGCUGUGGGUGUCUGUCACUCAUUCCAUCACCUCACGGUAGGAAAGCAGGAGGCAGCAGAACGAAAAAGAUGGAUGGCAAAGGCUUUUCACCGAGCAGUUUCUCUCCCCUUCACGAUUACUUCACUGAUUUCCUUUUACAGCUAAAAGUGCUAUCAUUUCUAUUCAAAUGAAGAAGGAGCAGCUCAGAACUCUCAUUUACCUACAGAUGAUUAUGUAAAUUCCUAUACACUUUUUAAGCAACAAGAGGAGCGUUCAUUGAGGGUCCGAAGUCAUCACAACAUGGUAGGAAUGGCUUUCAGCUUGAGCUGAGUCUUUGUGAGAGAGUGCACAGCCAAAUGAGAUUCUCCACCAGCAUGCUGCUCAGUUAUGAGCUGCUCAGCGGCAGGAGCACCUGCUUUCCCUGCUCCUUUUUUACUCCGUCCAUAUUUCCUGCAAAUGGGCCUUCACAGAUCUGGUCAUUAACUUGCAAUAGCCUAUUGAUGUAGGAUAUCAGUGCACCAUGUGUGAGUAUAUCCAGCUCACACAAUGACUACAUAUUAACUCAUUCAUCCUGUCACUGGCGAGGGAGCAAGGGAGCCAGGCAGAGAUCCAUUCAACAGCCUGACUUUUUUCCCAGUCUGAGCCAUUUACAAUGAGAAAUUGUAUUUGCUCCUCCAAAUACAUGAGCUUUAUAAUGUUUGAGUCACUGCUGUGGAGGUUAAUGUGCAUUAAUUUAAACAAGCAGUGGCAUUCGUUCCAAAACGUACUUCUACAAUAAUUUCAAAUGUAUAAUCAGCUAAAUCGAAAUGGGAGUUUGUCACUUAUGUUAAAAAAGCAUUUUCCCUUCAGUAUUUUAAUGCCUCUUAUAAGACGCUAUGUUUCAGCUCUACCAUUGCUCUUACUGUAUCCUCAGAGUGUGAUGCUUCACUUCCAGGGCUACGCCAUGGAUGCAGUUCUUGAUCUGUUUCAUUGAAACAGUUAAAAACUGUCUAGAUUUUUACAGCCAGAGAAGCAGCAUGGUGUCCCAUCAUUACGUCGCUAAAAGAUAGUUUUGGGAGAGAACUAUAGUGCACUAAAACAGUUUUAACUACACAAAUCCAAUCGUUUCUAAGUAUUCCUGCAAAUACUGUUUUACAAUAUAGAAGCUACAUCUACAGUUUAAAGCAACGUGGAGCCUUUGUUCAAGGUUUUUACAGUUUUAUUCAGCAGCCAUGGAAAUGGGAAUUACAUAAAGCUUACCAAGCAGGACA